GACGACUCUCUCUCUCUAUAACUUGCAGAGAGAUUGAGAAAGAGAGUGGGACCAUACAACCACAUCGUCCAACGAAGAGAGAAAGGUGGAAAACGAAGGAGAUGAUCAUGGAGAUUCUUCUUUGAUUCACGAAUCGCCUCUGUUUCACAUAUUUGUCCAAAUUCAAAAGAAAAACGAUUGUCGGUUUCUUAGGAAAAAUAGGAAAAAAGAAAUUAAAAAAAGCUCUGCUUUCUCUUUCUUUCGUCUUUUUCUAGAUCGCAUUUUCUCAACUGUCGUUUCUUUUCACAAAUCUCGCCAAAGUUUGUGACAUCUCAUCGAAUUUAGCAAACCCUUUGUCUCAAAAUCUAAUCCUUGCGUCAAUCUCGCUCCCAAAAAAAAAUCAAACCUUUAUCUGUUUCCUCUGUUUUUGUUCUCUCCCUUUUGCUCUGUUUUUUCCUCCGAUCGAUUUUGAUCAUUACAAUGGGCUGUGCAAGCUCCAAGCAUAAAAGGCGUUGCAGUGAUUGCCGAGGAGGAUUAUCUCCGGUGGUUGUGCCCCGGAGCUAUUCAAUGCACGUUCACCACCCGCCGCAACACUCCGGAGAUAGCCAUCACACGGUGGCUCUCACAUCCUCCACCGUCGGAUCUCUCACCCUCUGCGAAUGUCCUUUCAGCCAUAUUGACAAACACUUGGAAGGCGUCAGAGAGAAGCGAGUCGUCUCCGAUGAGAAGAAGCUAAUCCCCGGUGAUGGGUUUCACCAGGAUGAUCUCGAAACAGAGAAGUUGUUGCAGUCUAAGCUUAUGGAAGCCAAGGUUUGGUCGAGUAUGAUGAACGAGAGAAUCCCCAAGUUGUUGCCGCCUAAAACUCCGAUUGUGACGCCUCCCGGUGAGCCGGAGACGAUCAAUACGUGGGAGUUGAUGGAAGGGCUUGAAGACGCGUGUCCUUUACGACCGCCUGAUCAUUUGAGAAGCUUCUCCUUUGAUGUUGUUCGUGUCCAACCUUGUGAUGAUGGUCCUGCUCCCUUUGAUCGACCUAAGUCAAGGUUUCAUGAUUUGGAUCCUCCUGAGAUCGUGUCCUCUUUCAGAAAAUCGCUUCAAGAACUCCCAGAUGAUCAUCCUUUUCACAUCCGGAUCCCUAAUGUGGAUCCGGUAUCAUCCGGGUCUUCAGAUGAAGAAGAAGGAGACUGUAGAAGAAAGCCAGAGAAGGUGAUAGUUUACUUCACAAGUCUUAGAGGUAUACGGAAGACAUAUGAAGACGGUUGCAAUGUCAGGGUGAUUCUAAAGAGCUUAGGGAUUCGUCUUGAUGAGCGCGAUGUGUCGAUGCAUUCGGGUUUUAAAGAUGAGCUGAAGGAGCUAUUGAGGGAUGAGUUCAACGGUGGCGUUGGAAUAACCCUACCUAGAGUUUUCUUGGGGAGCAAGUAUCUCGGCGGAGUGGAAGAGAUAAAGAAGUUGAAUGAAAAUGGGACGCUUGAAAAGGUUGUAGAUGGCUGCGAGAGAGUGGAGGAUGGGUUAACGGGUUGUGGGAUUGACUGUGAGGCUUGUGGUGAUGUUCGGUUUGUGCCGUGUGAGACGUGUUCAGGAAGCUGUAAAAUAUACUAUGACAGUGAAGAUGAAGAUGGAAAGGAAGAAGGAACAGAGGAAACAGAGUAUGGGUUCCAAAGAUGUCCAGAUUGUAAUGAGAAUGGGUUGGUCAGAUGUCCUAUUUGUUGUGGUUAAGUCCUUUCAAAUCAAAUUCAUCUCUUUUGUUUUUACUUUGGGGUUAUUAAAAUUCCGUUUUGUGGGAUUUUUUGUUGCUGAGAUUGGAGAAUGUAUUGUUGUUGUACAGUGAUGUUCUGAUUGAUAGUGAAAAGAGACUUAUAGGUAUUUAAAAAUAAAAUGCAUAUAUUUUUUAUUAA